GAGAGAGAUUUGACUGCUUCGAUCUCCUCGGAGAGGAUGGAGGAGGAGGUGGAGGAAAUGGUGGAGCCGGCAGUAGCAGUGGAUGAGGAGGAGGAGGCGGAGGUGGGGGUACAAUGGAGAGGAUGGAGGGGAGAGGCGCCGUGGCCACGAAAGAGUGGAGGGGUGAUGCUCGAGGGAUACGUGGACGGCGCGGACAGCGGUGGGGAUCAGGGACCCGGCGGAUUCUUGAGAACGAAGAGCUUGACGGACGAGGACCUGAAGGAGCUCAAGGGGUGCCUUGACCUCGGCUUCGGUUUCAGCUACGAGGAGAUCCCCGAGCUCUGCAACACGCUCCCGGCUUUGGAGCUCUGCUACUCCAUGACCCAGAGGUUCUUGGACGAUCACCACCACCACCAUCAUCAUCAUCAGCGCUCGUUCGACCGCUCCUCCUCUGGCGAGUCCAUGGAUCUGUGCGCGUCGCUGACGUCUCCUCCCAUCGCCAAUUGGAGAAUCUCCAGCCCAGGGGAUCAUCCAGAUGAAGUUAAAGCAAGGCUGAGCAUUUUUUAUAGAGAGGGGAGUUUCUUGUCAGAAUCAUAUACCAGAGGUACAAAACUGAGGCAUAGAGGAAGAAGAUAAAGAUAGAGAUAUACAAGAGAGGAAGUUAUCUGGAUGGUCUGAGGUCUGAGAUCAGUUGAUAUCAAGUCUAACCUACAGUCUUGUAAAGCACAUCUUUCUUGUCUUUCGUGUCUGAUAGUAUAGAUGGAUCAAAUGUGUUUUCUUUUUUCCUUGUCCAUAUUGAUUGCUCAAGUUUGUGAAUAUUGUUUAAUGUAAUAUGAAUGAAAUUAUAAUCAUAGAUUUGCAGUCUUACAAUGUUUUACAGUUCA